CGCCGCCGCCGCCGCAGUCCUUAGCUUCCCGGGGACAGGAAACCUUCGAGACCGAGCUGCCACUGCCGCCUCCCCGACUGCCCCCCAUUCCGCGCGCCUGCCACACCCUCCUCCCCUUCUUCCAGUAUCUUCCGGUGGGGCACUGCAGGGACUCGGCCCGCGCUGCAGUCUCCCCCUCCCGGGGGAAAGCUGUGACCCCCCCCGCAGGAGCGGCGGGGCGGGGUGGGGGGGCCUGGGAGAAGAUGGCGACGCCGGGAAGCGAACCCCAACCUUUCGUCCCUGCCCUCUCGGUGGCUACUCUGCACCCACAUCACCAUCCCCACCACCACCACCACCACCAUCAGCACCACGGAGGAACCGGAGCCAGCAGCGGGGUCGGGGGAGGCGGCGGCGGCGGCGGCAGCGGGGGCUUCAACCUGCCCUUGAACCGGGGGCUGGAGCGCGCGCUGGAGGAAGCGGCCAAUUCCGGGGGGUUGAACCUCAGCGCCAGGAAAUUGAAGGAAUUUCCCAGGACCGCGGCCCCAGGGCACGACCUCUCGGACACGGUGCAGGCAGAUUUAUCUAAAAACAGACUGGUCGAAGUCCCAAUGGAAUUGUGCCAUUUUGUAUCACUGGAAAUUCUUAAUCUGUAUCAUAAUUGCAUCAGAGUCAUUCCUGAGGCCAUCAUUAAUCUGCAGAUGCUGACUUACUUAAACUUGAGUCGAAAUCAGCUGUCUGCCCUGCCUGCCUGCCUGUGUGGUCUGCCUCUCAAAGUCUUAAUCGCAAGUAACAACAAACUUGGAUCGCUGCCAGAAGAGAUAGGUCAGCUCAAACAGUUGAUGGAGUUGGACGUCAGCUGCAACGAGAUCACGGCCUUGCCCCAGCAGAUAGGUCAGUUGAAAUCUCUACGGGAACUGAAUGUCAGAAGAAAUUACCUUAAAGUUUUACCACAAGAACUAGUAGAUCUUCCCUUGGUAAAGUUUGACUUUUCCUGCAAUAAAGUGCUCGUGAUUCCCAUUUGUUUUAGACAGAUGAAACAGCUGCAAGUAUUACUACUUGAGAACAACCCUUUGCAGUCUCCUCCGGCACAGAUUUGCACAAAGGGCAAAGUGCACAUAUUCAAGUAUCUGAGCAUACAAGCAUGUCAGAUUAAGACAGCUGACUCCCUUGAUCUCCACACGAUCGAGAGGCCACAUUUCCACCAGCACGUGGAAGAUAGCAAGAAGGAUUCUGAUUCGGGUGUCGGAAGUGAUAAUGGAGAUAAACGUUUAUCUGCCACAGAGCCUUCUGAUGAAGACGCUGUUAGCCUCAAUGUGCCGAUGUCGAACAUCAUGGAAGAAGAACAGAUCGUCAAGGAGGACUCCUGCCAUCGCCUUAGCCCAGUUAAAGGGGACUCUCAUCAGGAAUUUCAACCAGAGCCUUCCCUUUUGGGUGACAAUGACAACUCAGGAGAAGAAAGAGACCAAUUUACUGAUGGAACAGAUGUUCUCCGUUCAGAAUUUAUAACCUAUAUUAAGGAUAGGGCUGAGGACUGUGAAGAACUGUUACGGAUAGAAGAGGACACGCACUGGCAACCUGAGGGAAUAAUAAGUUCAUCCAAAGACCAGGACAUGGAUGUAGUGAUGAUUGAACAACUGAGAGAAGCAGUAGAUUUGCUGCAAGAUCCCAACAGAUUAAACACCGAUAUUACAGAGAGAAAUGUUGUGAACUUUUAUCCUGUGGAAUCAGCAGAAGCCUUAGACUUACAAGAUUCUGCACUAAAUGGUCAAAUACAGCUGGAGACCUCUCUGGUGUGUGAGGUGCAAAAUGAUCUCACAUCACAGAGCAAUGGGAGCGAGUAUUCUCCAAAUGAGAUGAGAGCGAAGUCGCCUGCAAUCUCUCCCACCACCAACAGCACAACUCCAUUUGGCCUCAAGCCUCGAUCAGUGUUUCUAAGACCUCAGAGAAAUUUGGAAUCUAUAGACCCACAGUUUACAAUUCGGAGGAAAAUGGAACAGAUGAGAGAGGAGAAGGAACUGGUGGAACAACUCCGUGAGAGCAUCGAGAUGAGACUCAAGGUCAGCCUGCACGAAGACCUGGGGGCGGCACUCAUGGACGGCGUGGUCCUCUGCCACCUGGUCAAUCACAUCCGCCCGCGAUCCGUUGCAAGCAUCCACGUCCCCUCACCAGCAGUUCCCAAACUUAGCAUGGCCAAAUGCAGAAGAAAUGUGGAAAACUUUUUGGAAGCAUGCCGAAAAUUAGGAGUACCAGAGGAAAAACUGUGUCUACCCCAUCACAUCCUUGAAGAGAAAGGCCUGGUCAAAGUGGGCAUUACCGUUCAAGCGUUACUAGAUGUAACGGUAACAAAGACUCUGUUCACAUGAAACCAGCUCCUCUCCUUGGGGUCGGUUCAGACUCUCCUCUCAUCCGAAGUCCUGGACCCUGCUCUCAGCACCUGCUCCUCCUGCCCUCCCGCUCACUGCCUGUCAGUUCCCUGGCUCUGGUUGCAUUGAAGGGAGGACAGAGGGAAGAUUGUCCACCUUCCAGAACUGACUUCCAUUGUUAAGAUAGGAAAGAUACUGACCUUAAAGCCAGUGAGGGAACUGCCAGUGAAGAGCUGAGCAGCACGUCAAUGCCUUUUACGACCUCCUUCAUCCCUUCCACGCUCAGCUACUGCCAUUACCAACACACCAAGCACAACCGUUUUGCAACAAGAUGCUUUUGUUUUAUUCAAACCAAACUUCUUGUGUAUUCAAUGCGGGGAGGGGGACACAAUCAGGUUUCUCACCACCAAAUUUUUUAAGACCUUUCUUGAGACCAUUGCCUUUUAAAAAACUAUUUUCGACAUACAAAAUAUUUAUAUAAAUAUUAUUUAUUAGUGAGUUGUUAUUCAUCCUUUGGAUGCAAAUUGUAAAUUAGGAAACUAUUUUAUUACUGCUUUUUUGUGGUUAAACACUUUAUUUUAAUAUUAUAAAUAUUGAAUUAUUUUCUAUCCUCUUUGGUGUGCAGUAGUUCUAGGUCUCAGUAAUAUGUAUUUUUGGGGUUUUGGACCCAGAAAAAAAAAAAAAAAAAAAAAAUUUAAGCCAAAAACAGGUGCUUCUGUGACGAGAACUGUUUUCUGGGGAGGCAUUAUUUACACUUUGGUUUAUGGAACAUGGUUUUAUUUAUAUUUCUGCAUUCCAUCCAGUUUCUUACAUUCCAGCAGCCCUGUUGUCCUCUCACAUAACAAACAGACUGAAAUCAAGAGAGUACCCCAAAGUUAUUUGUAAAUAGCUGUGAUGAAGAAAAAAAAAGGCAUAUUAAACUUGAAGA